AUGGCGAGGGUCAGCCGGACGACGCCCAACGCCGCGGCAUCGUCGCGGACCAAGGAGGCGGCGGCGCCCAAGUCGCGGACCAAGAAGACCCCUGCCGCGCCCCGGUCGCGGACGAAGAAGACCCCCCCAGCCGCCAGGCCGCCCUCUCCGGCGCCUGCGCCGGCGAAUCAGACGGUACCUGCGCCGGCGACGGCGAAUCAGAUGGCACCUGCGCCGGACGUUGAGGUGAUCGAAAUCUUCGAUUUCCCCACCGCAUCGUUGAGCUCCGGGAAGAGGAGGGAUCGGAAGAGGGCGGGGGCGACCGCCUCCUCGCCGCUCGACGUCGACGAGAUCGAGAUGUGGACGCCGCGGCAGAAGCGCCGAUUCGACGAGGACUGCCUCAUCCUCUCCGCCGACCCCCUGGCCGCCAACAAGGCCCGACCCGUCGUCGUCCCCGCCGCCGCCGACGACGAAGACUUGGCGGUUGUCGCCGAGCGCGGCCCGGUGGCCUGCAGAGAUUUUCCGCACGCGAGGUACCUCUGCGUCAAGUUCCCCUUCGCCACCACCCCUCACGAGAAGCACUGCGAGCAGUGCUACUGCUUUGUGUGCGACGUUGCUGCUCCGUGCGCAACUUGGAGAGGACAUGCCAUGUAUGGGCAUUGCCAUGCUUCAGACCAGGACAAGAUUUGGAAAACCAUGAGAGGAGCGAAGAAGGCGAACCCGUGCAAGACCUACUGA